AACCCCCAGUCCCUUCCCCUGAGCCAUGGCCAACUCAGGCCUCCAGCUCCUGGGCUACUUCCUGGCCCUGGGUGGCUGGGUGGGUAUCAUCGCCAGCACGGCCCUCCCGCAGUGGAAGCAGUCCUCCUACGCAGGCGACGCCAUCAUCACGGCCGUGGGCCUCUACGAAGGGCUCUGGAUGUCCUGCGCCUCCCAGAGCACCGGUCAGGUGCAGUGCAAGCUCUACGACUCACUGCUCGCCCUGGAAGGUCACAUCCAGUCAGCUCGGGCCCUGAUGGUGGUGGCCGUGCUCUUGGGCUUCGUGGGCAUGGUCCUCAGUGUUGUCGGCAUGAAGUGCACCCGGGUUGGAGACAGCAACCCCAUCGCCAAGAGCCGCGUUGCCAUAGCUGGGGGUGCCCUCUUCCUCCUAGCCGGCCUCUGCACUUUGACAGCCGUCUCAUGGUAUGCCACCCUCGUGACCCAGGAGUUCUUCAGCCCUAGCACACCUGUCAAUGCCAGGUACGAGUUCGGCCCGGCCCUGUUCGUGGGCUGGGCCGCCGCCGGCCUGGCCAUCCUGGGCGGCUCGUUCCUCUGCUGCACGUGCCCCGAGCCCGAGCGAUCCAACAGCAGCCCGCAGCCCUACCGGCCCGGCCCCUCGGCGGCUGCCCGCGAACCAGUUGUUAAAUUGUCUGCCUCCACCAAGGGCCCCCUGGGUGUAUAAUGUCC